GCUGCUAGAACGCGGCUUUGCUCACAGCUGCAGCCUGUUACCGCUCUGGGCGCUGUUUUGCUGAGAAGAGACCUCCCCUCCGACUCUCCUCCCCAUCCUCUUUCGGCCUUUCCCAGGAUCUUAGCAUCUUCUCCUUCAUCUCCGGGGAGGGUGGUGGUAUCACAGACCAUAUUCUCCACCGUUUCCCUUUCCCCCACAACACGGCCUCCACAACGGGGCAUUCGUUUAGGGACCUUUAUCCAAGAGUGCGGCGAAAUGAGUGAAAUAUUUCUCUUGUCCUGCGUUGGGUGCACUAACCGCUCUAUUUUAUGUGAGAUGACCAUCUAGGCACGCUCUGUUCCGCUCCCGGAAGGGCCCAGGUUUGACCGUGGAGGAAGGAUUGGACAGGUUGCCGGGGAAAGUGAGUGAUCCAUUCAACCAGAGCAGAGAUGUCAGCUUAUUUAUAGGAAUUACUUGAAGUCAGAGUCAUGGUGGAUGUAGGAAAGUGGCCAAUCUUCACUCUGCUCUCACCUCAAGAAAUUGCAUCUAUUCGGAAAGCAUGUGUCUUUGGCACCUCAGCCAAUGAAGCGCUGUACGUUACUGACAAUGAUGAGGUCUUUGUAUUUGGACUGAACUAUAGUAACUGUCUAGGAACUGGAGAUAACCAGAGUACACUUGUACCCAAAAAGCUGGAAGCCUUAUGUGGAAAGAAGAUUAAAAGCCUUAGUUAUGGGAGUGGACCACAUGUUCUUCUCAGCACUGAAGAUGGAGUUGUUUAUGCCUGGGGCCACAAUGGAUAUAGCCAGCUUGGGAAUGGGACGACCAACCAAGGCAUUGCUCCCAUCCAAGUCUGUACCAAUCUCUUGAUCAAGCAAGUGGUUGAAGUAGCUUGUGGCUCACAUCAUUCAAUGGCUCUGGCAGCUGAUGGAGAGGUAUUUGCUUGGGGGUAUAACAACUGUGGCCAGGUCGGAUCAGGAUCUACAACAAAUCAACCAACUCCUCGAAAAGUUACAAACUGUUUACAUAUUAAGAGGGUGGUUGGCAUUGCCUGUGGUCAGACCUCAUCCAUGGCUGUUCUGGACAAUGGGGAGGUGUAUGGCUGGGGUUACAAUGGCAAUGGUCAGCUAGGCUUGGGAAACAAUGGUAAUCAGCUGACCCCUGUGAGAGUGGCAGCUUUGCACAGCGUGUGUGUGAACCAGAUUGUCUGCGGCUAUGCACACACUCUAGCACUAACAGAUGAGGGCUUGCUCUAUGCCUGGGGAGCUAACACGUAUGGGCAGCUGGGAACUGGCAAUAAAAAUAACCUGCUAAGCCCAGCACACAUCAUGGUGGAGAAAGAAAGGGUAGUAGAGAUUGCGGCCUGCCACUCGGCCCACACGUCGGCUGCCAAGACCCAGGGCGGGCACGUGUACAUGUGGGGCCAGUGCCGGGGCCAGUCGGUGAUCCUGCCUCACCUCACGCACUUCUCCUGCACCGACGACGUGUUCGCCUGCUUCGCCACUCCUGCUGUCUCUUGGCGCCUCCUGUCUGUAGAGCAUGAAGACUUUUUAACAGUUGCUGAAUCACUGAAGAAAGAAUUUGAUAGUCCGGAAACUGCUGAUCUGAAGUUUCGAAUUGAUGGGAAAUAUAUCCAUGUCCAUAAAGCUGUUUUGAAAAUCAGGUGUGAGCACUUUCGAUCCAUGUUCCAGUCUUACUGGAAUGAGGAUAUGAAGGAGGUGAUAGAAAUAGACCAGUUUUCUUACCCAGUGUACCGUGCCUUUCUCCAGUACCUCUACACAGAUACAGUGGACCUGCCACCUGAAGAUGCUAUAGGUCUUUUGGACUUGGCCACGUCUUACUGUGAAAACCGGCUGAAAAAGCUCUGUCAGCACAUUAUCAAGCGUGGAAUUACGGUGGAGAAUGCCUUUUCAUUAUUCUCUGCUGCAGUCAGAUACGAUGCAGAGGAUUUAGAAGAAUUCUGCUUUAAGUUUUGCAUCAAUCAUUUGACAGAAGUUACACAGACUGCAGCAUUUUGGCAAAUGGAUGGCCCUCUGCUAAAGGAAUUCAUUGCUAAAGCCAGUAAAUGUGGAGCCUUUAAGAACUGAAGCCCCAGGCUGCUGGGUUUUGUGAAUGCUCUGGGGCACUGGCCAUGGUGGCUGCUUUGUGCUCUGCGGGUGAUGUAAUUUUGCAGGUAAAAAACCCGUCAGCUUGUUUGUUUUUCACAUCUUGAGACACCAUUCUCCGCGUAGGAAUGUAUGAAGGAUGUACAGCUUUUCCUGAACCCGUUCUAAACAAGUCUUGUUUCCAGAUAUGUGCAUUUUAAAUGUGACCUUAAUUUGGCUGGAACAUUGUAAAGGGGUGAAAGUUUAGCUGGUCGUUUGUGUUUUGUUUUGUUUUGUUUUUGAUUAGAGGAACUGCUGAACUUGGAAAGGAGAAGUUUGCGGUAAUUCUCCUGGCUCACAUAGUAACAACCCUUUCGAUCCCAGGAACUGGGAUGGUUUGUGGAUUGUGACAUAGACAUAAGAGGCCCCACCUUGAAUUAAAGAUGCUGACUUUGGGGCUUGUUGAAAUGCUGCAUCAGUUGCUAGUUCACUAGCCGUACUGUGAAGGAGUAGUGAAGAUAGUUUGAGGUUUUUGUGUGUGUUUGUACUACUGAGGACCUUUUUUAACUUCAUCGUGUAUCAAAAAACAAUAUUCAGUUUAAUAUGAGUUAAACCUAUUACGAUGAUGAUUAUGCAAAGAUAAACUUGUAGGCUAGCCAAGGUUUCUCUUAAGAAUUAAGUCCAUAAAGAGUAGUAAUUUAGGACUACCUGUAAAAAGUUGAUAUCGAAAGAAACUUUGGACAGAGGUCAAUAUUUUAUAGAGUAUCCACUACUAUCCAACAGUGUUUUGUUUUAUUAAGAUACAGUCUAAGAGCUGAAGUUUAAAUUUGAUUCCCUACUGUUUCCCCCAUAAACGCUAAUCAUGAGAAGAAAGUAAUGGCAUAUUCAGCAUACUCUUGCCUUCCUAAAUUAUGGCUGCUAGACGAUCAGAUCCACUACAUCUGACUCACAAGGUGUUCUUAAAACCAGCUUUCUGGCAGGACUUCAUAGAAUUUCUCUCUUUUAUCUAUAGGCCAAGUGUCACACCUUUGCUUGUUUGCAACUUCAGCUUUCGUUUUUUAUUUCCUCGUCUUUUGAUUGUGUUAGGUAUAAUAUUUAGCACAAUAUAACUUUGAAAAAGGAUCAAAAUUACGAUUUCUCUGAAAAGAUCUUUUUAAAUAGGAUCCUUUUAAGUUCAAGUUUUUUGGGUUUUUUUGUUUGUUUCUUUUUUGGUCUGGUUAUGAACAUGACUUUUGGAGGAAGAGUGUUCGUUCAACUCUGAGUUUUAUCGUGUGUGUCUAUUGAGCUUGCUGUAAGAACAAAGCUUUGUUCUCUCUGGCUCACAGACUCAUUUCCAUUUGUGGGCAUUCCCUUAGUGAACGGUUUCCUGUUUGGAAGGUCCCUCAUCUGAACUUGGAGCCCAAAUACAUUUUCAGAGUCAAAUUAACAAGAGAGUGAAGAUAUGCUGCAGCUACUAUUUUUAGCAGUGUCUCUGAGUGUGUCUGAGGGUUUGGAUGGGAGUGAGGGCCCAAAGAUAGGAAUCCAUUGAUAAGUGAGAUAAAUUCAAACCUAGAAGUCCCAGCUCCCUUUUCCUGACCAUGUUGCAAGUGAUUGAAGCCCAGUCAGUUAUUAAUUAGGAUUAGUUCUGCAACAUGAUAGAAUUUUUCUUACUAGGUUGAUGAAUGCACAUUAAUUUGAUUAUUAGCUAUGAUGGGUGGUGUUCAUAACAAUCACUGUUCUAUAGGCUUAUGAUCUGGACAAAACAAGACCUGCGGUAUGUUUACUAUUGCUCUUACUUGAAAAAACCUUAAAGCACAAAUUAAAGUAGUAGAUCCAUUUCCAUAGAUUGUUCAUUCAUUCAACAAAUAUUUACUGAGGUUCCUUAUAUAGGUAAAGAACCACUUCUCAGAUUACCGAGUAAUUUGUAUGAGUGUGUAUGUAGUGAAGAAAAUGGAAAUACGUUCUUUGAAAAGUACUUGAGUAUCUUUUUUUUUUUUUUAAUACAUUCUUAUUUUUCUACUUGGUUUCAUUGUUAAUCAUAGCAGGAAAUGAAAACUGUUCUUUGAGUUGUUUUUUUCAUCUGAUGUGAUAAUGAAAGCCAAAGUAUUCAUAUUUCUUAAGAUAACCCUAACUGUACUCUUGAACUUCUUACUGGAAUAAUAUUUGAUACUCUAGUAUAUAGGCUGUAUUUAUGUAAUGUUUAGAAUGACAUAUUAAUAAAUAAUCUGUCAAGACAUA